GGGGCUGCCGCGGAACACCGAGGUUACGUGCUGACGGUCCACAUCGGUGUGGCGGCUGGUGCAACCGUCACGAGCAACUCCCCCAUCAAAUCGCUUGCCUCGGGACCCGCAGGGCUCGCUGGAGAGGCGGGGAGCGAUCCGAACACUAGUAGAUUCAAUGGAGGACGAGCUGAUGUUCAGCAUGGAGGAGGAAGGCAGCGGCACCAGGCCCUCUGACAAGAGGAGCGCGCCGAAGCAACGGGUGUCCUCGCUCACCGACGAUGACGACGGCGAGGAAGACGACGCCUUCAUCUGCUCUAUCCUGGACGACCCCACCCGAGAGAUCUGCCACUACAUGCAGAACGUGGUCAACAACCGCCCGCUUUCGGACUCUCUUCCCAAGACCGACUUCUUGUACAAGAAUCAAACAGAGCAUUUGCCGGAAGGUUCGUACCACGUUUUGUCUGAGAGUGCACGGGAGACAUGGAAAAACGCCAUUAUAAAGGCUAAAGCCAUGCCGGACCCCUGGGCCGAGUUUCACCUGGAGGACAAAGAGACCGAACCCUGCUUGCGCUACAGGUAUAAUGCCAUCACAGGCGAGUGGGCCCAAGACCAGGUCCACAUCAAGAUGGCUGCACAGCCGUUUGGGAGAGGAGCCAUGAGGGAGUGUUUCAGAACGAAGAAGCUGUCUAGCUUCUCGCACAGCAACAACUGGAAGUCGGCCUGCAACUAUGUCUCCAAGCGCUACAUGGAGACGGUGGACAAGAGCGUCUACUUCGAGGACGUCCGACUGCAGAUGGAGGCCAAACUCUGGGGUGAGGAGUUCAACCGCCACCGGCCUCCCAAACAGGUGGACAUCAUGCAGAUGUGCGUGGUGGAGAUGACCGAGAGGCCGGGAAAGCCGCUCUUCCACUUGGAGCAUUACAUCGAGGGCAAGUACAUCAAGUACAACUCCAACUCGGGCUUUGUGCGGGAUGAUAACAUCAGACUAACGCCACAGGCAUUCAGUCACUUCAGCUUUGAGCGUUCGGGCCACCAGCUGAUCGUGGUGGACAUCCAGGGUGUAGGCGACCUCUACACCGACCCUCAGAUUCACACGGAAAAGGGAACCGACUUCGGCGAUGGGAAUCUGGGCGUGCGAGGCAUGGCGCUCUUCUUCCACUCCCACCUGUGCAACAAGAUCUGCAAGAGUAUGGGCCUGACGCCUUUCGACCUGUCCCCGGCCGAGAGACAGCAGCUGGACUGCACCAACAAACUUCUGAAAUCGGCGAAGACGGUGCUGAGGGGCUGCGAGGAGCAGUGCGGUUCCCCCCGCGUUCGCACCAUGUCCGGGAGCCGGGCGCCGCCGCUGCUGUCCCGCCUAUCUGAGACGUCGUCAGCGGACGAGAGCAUGAGCGACGUGGACUCGGUGCCUUGCUCCCCACUGGUGGCGCCCGCGUUCAUGGGAAGGUCUCCGGUCGGCUUAUUCUUCACUGGUAUGUAUGAACAGGAAAGACUGGACAACGCAAGGGAACACCGGGAGUCGGACAGCGGCGGGGACAGCGGCUACCCUAGCGAGAGGAGGAGUGAGGGGGACCCCAACGACCACCCGGACGGGGCCCGCCACCACUACCAAAGACAUUAUUCUGAGUCGGACGAAGACAGUAUCAGACGGCUUACAGAGGAGAAGUGGAGCUUCUUCCACUCGUCUCGCUCUCACGUGCACAGACCGUCCUGCGUGGCCACCGAGGUGGAGCGACUCAGCUCGCUGUUCCAGAAGCGCCUCGGCCAGUCCAUCCUGGGAAAGGUACACCUGGCCAUGGUGCGCUACCACGAGGCGGGACGCUUCUGCGAGAAGGACGAGCAGUGGGACGAGGACUCUGCCAUGUUUCACCUGGAGCGAGCCGCCCAGUGCGGCGAGCUGGAGGCCAUUGUGGCCUUGGGCCAGUGCUGCCUACAGCUGCCCCACCACAUCCUGCCCAACAUGGAGCUGGAGGAAAACGCAGGAAACAGGAUGAAAGGCUUCAAGUAUCUGCUGCAGGCUGCCGAAGCCGGCGACAGAUCUUCAAUGAUCACGGUGGCCCGAGCUUUCGACACGGGAGUUAAUCUGCCAGCCGACAGACAGCAGGACUGGGAGGAGGCGAUCCGCUGGUACGACAGCGCGUUGAACAUGGAUGAGCACGACGAGGGCGGCGAGUUCGACGGCAUACAGGACGAGCCUCGCUACCUCCUGCUGGCCAGAGAGGCUGAGAUGUUCAUGGCGGGGGGCUACAAUCUUGAGGCAGACCUACAGAAAGCAGGCGACCUGUUUACACAAGCGGCCGAAGCUGCCAUGGAGGCCAUGAAGGGGCGAUCGGCUAACCAGUACUACAUGAAAGCUGAGGAGGUGUGGGUGCUGAUGGAGGAGUAACUGCACUUGUGCACAUUUUACCAAAAAAAAAGUCCUUCAAGUGUCCUGCCUUUUUUUGUUUUCUUUUUGUUUUUAUAUAACAGUUUUUUAGCUAAGAGUGCUUUGCGUUUCAGCUUCAUCGAGUUUUCUGGGCAAGAUUCUCUUUUUUUUCGGGAAGUUGCUCUUUCAUUGUUGAGUUUGUCUUCUGUGAAUGUGGUCUGUGGAGCCAAAACCAAUACAAUUGUUUAGCUAACACCUUUCUAUUGGAAUACUGUAUGGUUAAAAAAAGAAUUACAAUCAGAGAAUAGAAAAAUAAAUCAAUAAAGUUUGCAUUUUUAUUAGUAAA